UCUCAGUCCACUGCAUGCUGGAGCUGCUGCUCCGCCUCUACAGCUGGAUUUUCUGGAUGUCAAUGCCUAGGAGAACUACUUACACACACACACACACACACACACACACACAUAUACACAAGGUGUUAUGCUGUUAUUGGACCCGAGCUGCUGAUCUGUGACGAGUAACCGUGAGAACAUGUCCACCAUGCACGAGAAGCUGGAGAGAAUGACUCAGGAGGAGAUCCUGGUAAGAACAGUGGUGGUGAUCCAAGGCCUGGAGGCUCUGAAGAGCGACCAUGACUUCAUGCUGCACAAUCUGACGGAAACCAUCAAGUGCUUGAACGAGGGCGAAAUGGCCGGUCUGGUGCAUGAAAAAUUCUCGCUACUACAGACGUCUGUAGACAAGAUCAAGCUGGGCCUAGAGGAGGCAAAGGUGAUGACAGCUCUUGCUGCCAACCUUCGGGAGCUGGAAUUAGAGAAAUGUGAGCUGCAGUUGCAGGUGUGUCAGCUUGAGCAGGAGAAGAUGCAGCUGAAGGAACACGUAAACUACGUGCAGGAAAAACUGCAGACGUCUGAGCAGAACUUUGCUCAGGUGGAGGAGGAGAAGAAUCACCUGCAGUUCAUGAAUGAGCUUAAGCAGUACAAUCUAGAGCCAUUCCUGGAGAACGGAGAAGAUGAGGAGAUCUUACAAAACAACCUGGAUGAGUUGUUCCCCAAUGAGGAAGAGACGAAUCAAGAAGCCACACCGGAGCAAGAAGGCAGCAUGGCAAUUGCAGCAGCCCAGCAGGAGGACGAUAGGGUCCCUGGACACCUCAAGACCCUCCAUAACCUGGUGAUCCGAUACGCCCAAAAAGGCCACUACGAGGUGGCAGUGCCACUGUGUAAACAGACUUUGGCUAGUCUGGAGAGGACUCUGGGGCAUGAUCACCCUGAUGUAGCUACCAUGCUCAACGUCCUCGCUCUGGUAUACAGGAAUCAGGGUAAGCACGAGGAAGCGUCCCGCCUCCUGUAUGAUGUUGUUGCUAUCAGAAUGAAAACUCUGGGUGAGGAACAUCCAAUGGUGGCCGGUACACUGAAUAAUCUCUCAGUGCAGUAUGGGAAGAUGGGGAGGUUCAUAGAGGCUGAGCCGAUUUGUAAAAGAGCUCUGGAGCUGAAGGAGAAGGUCCUGGGAAUCGACCAUCCAGAGGUGGCAAAGCAGUUGAAUAACCUGGGUCUGAUUUGUGAGAAGCAAGUAAAGUAUGAAGAGGUGGAGUCUUACCUCUGCAGAGCCAUAGACAUAUAUGAGAAGAACCUUUGUCAGGAUGAUCCCCAAUUUGACAAAACAAAGAACAACCUGGCCUCAUGCUAUCUGAAGCAGGGUAAAUACAAGGAAGCUGAGAUCCUGUACAAAGAGAUUCUUACACGAGCUCACAAGAAAGAAUUCGGGACAGUAGACGCUGAAAACAAACCGAUCUGGAUGUACGCUGAGGAGGGCAGAGGCGCAGCAGGUAAUCACUCUCAUCAUGCUGAAUACCGAGAGGGCCAGGUGACCAGCCCUACGAUAAACAUUGCCAUGCGAAAACUCGCAGAAGCGUAUCGAUAUCAAGGCAAAAAUGAAGCAGCAGACAUUAUGGAGGAGUUUAACACGAGGCCACGCAAACAGCCUUCGUUUGCCAUAGUGCAGCGUCUAAAGGAUGCGGAUGAGAGCAGAAGGUCUUCUUCUGACUGUGUUAAGUAUGAACCUAGAGAUGACGGCAUUGUGGCGUGGAACAGGGGUUCUAAUUUGAGAAGAUAUGGAUCUCUGAGUAAAAUGCGAGAGGUGUUACGCAGGAGCAGUGAGAUGCUGGUGAAGAAACUGCAGGACACCGUACUUCAGGAUUCCCCUAACCCAAACUUGAAGAGAGCGGCCUCACUGAAUUUCCUGGACAGGACUGGAGGUUCUCAGACUUUGCAGAGUGGGAGUUCAGGACGAAGGCUGAGAGACAGCCGACCUCGGAGCUCCAGCACCGCGGAGUUGCACAACAACACUGGAAAAUAGAUCACACACACACACACACACACACACACACACACACACACACACACACUAAAACACAAAUUCUUUUCAUUUACCUUGAUGCGCACAUUUAUAUUUUCUAGCUGAUGUACCAAGUGAACGGGAAAUUUUCACUUCUUUUUUUGUUUACUGUACAUUCAAAUUCCUGGUAUUGAUAAUUGAUUAAUGUGUCUGUGCAAUAUGUUUCUAUAGAAACGGUACCAUGGUUGAUAAAAAAUGGCUGCUAUUUUUAAUUCUCCACUCUGAAUUACACACAUUCGUAACUGCCUCGCAUUGAACUGCGAGAGAAAAUCAUUCAAUUGAAAAAAUAACCCGGACUUUACACGUUAGAUCAUUCGUGGUGCUGCCUAAAGAUUAACAACGAGCUCCAGUGCCUGUCAAAAGUUUGAAAACUUCUUGAAUUGUUUGGUUUUCAGAGACACAUGCAUGUUUUAUUUGUUUCUAUGGUAAUGUAGUGGUAUGAAGAUCUCCUUUCAACUAACAAAUCUAUAAAUGUCCAGAUGUUCUACUUUAUUUUUAAUGAAAAGUCCUCCCUUAGCAUGAAAAACAGCAUCCAGACUGGCAAACGUUCAUCUGUACAACUCGCCAAAUUUGUUCUUCACUAGUUGGAGAUUUAUUUCCUUUCUUGUGAUGCAGUUCAUCCCAGAGCAGUUCAAUAGGAUUUAGGUGCGGUGACUGGGCAGGUUGUUCCAGCUCAGACUUACGCUUUUGAACUAUGGAAUGGCAGCCAUGCUGGUUCUAGGAUUCCUUUCACCAUUUAAUCUACAUGUAUAUAAUAAGUGAGCAUGUUCCCCAAAUGUAAACAAAAUCUUGUGAAGUGGUACAUGACAAUAGCUACCGUAUUUUUCGGACUAUAAGCCGCUAAUUUUUCCCAUGUUUUGAACCCCACGGCUUAAACAACGAAGCGGCUUAUUUAUGAAUUUUUCCUUGGUUUUUUCCGGUUUCACAAACU